UUUUUUAUGUUAUUAUUGCAGGAGUUUUUCAAGACAGCUAUUGAUAACAUGGCUGCAAAUAGUCUGCGAUGUGUUGCCAUUGCAUACAGGUCCUACGAGUUGGACAAAGUUCCUUCAGAGGAAGAACAAUUGAGUCAUUGGGCUUUACCUGAAGAAGAACUUACCUUGCUUGCUAUUGUCGGUAUAAAAGAUCCUUGUCGUGAUGGUGUCAGUGAUGCAGUGAAAACAUGCACGGCUGCUGGUGUUAAGGUACGCAUGGUUACAGGGGACAAUCUUCAAACAGCUAAGGUAAUUGCUUUGGAGUGUGGGAUACUUGAUUCGAUAGAAGAUGCUACUCAUCCUACACUCAUUGAAGGAAAGGAUUUCCGUGCAUUAUCUGAAAGGGAGAGGGAACAAAUUGCCAAGAAAAUAACGGUAAUGGGAAGGUCUUCCCCAAAUGAUAAGCUUUUGCUUGUCCAAGCAUUACGGAAGGGAGGAGAAGUUGUUGCUGUAACUGGAGAUGGCACUAAUGAUGCUCCUGCACUUCAUGAAGUUUUUUUAUCUUUGUGCAAAAAGAAGUUUGAUGUAUUUUCUUAAUAGGAUAUUUGGUGCUUGUAUUUUCCAGGAUAUGAAAUGUCUUGACAAUGUGCUAAAUUUAAUGGAAGAUUGAUAAUUAAUAUUCAUAACUCACAAAUAAUGCAUGUGUGGUUUUUUAACUUCAUCAUGGAUCAUUAACUCUGUUGAAUGCUAUAUUUGUAAUGUUGUAUCCCAAAUCUACUUACUGCUUACAUC